CAUCAGCCUUCAAUCGAACAAGAACCGGAGCUGCUUGUAUCAUCAACGUUUUAAAAAAUUUACCGCAAAAUUGAAACACUGAAUUUGCUAUGGCGUUAUUUUGUUUCUUGCUCGUCCACUGUUUUAUAGUGUUCGUCAGAUCACAGUUACACUCUGAAACUCAUCAUGAAGGAUCAACAUCAACUGCAUCAGUUUUAUGCAGUGCAGAAUGCAACCAGCAAUUACAGAACCGAUUGGAGACGAUUGAAGCUGCGGUCCGGACAAUCGUCUCUGCCGUUUCGAGUCAAACGGACGAUCUGUUUGCUCCAAUCAAAGAAAUAUUUCGACAGGAUUCAUCAGUGAGAUCAAUCCUUUCUUUCAAUUCUACGUCGUCAACUAUUGCAAGUACUAAAAAUUCUACGUUCAAAAUCAACUCUGUUCCUCUUGCACAAGAGAAUUCGCAUGGAAAUCAACCAGCAGCAGAGACCGCAGUUGACAAUCUCAAAGGAGCUGUAAAAUGUUCGUUGGCUCAUUUGGUGGACAUAAAUACAACAGAUUAUAUCAACGCUAGUAACAGCUCUGCAGAUGCAGCAGUUGUAGCAUCUUUAUUCAAUGAGUCCCUUGAAAUUACAUGGCCUAUUUUAUCCGCGGAGUGUAUGAAAUUCAGUUCAGGUGUCUGGAUUCGGGUUUAUCAGCAAUCACCUGAAGUCGAUUACAAGUUGCAACCGGAAACUUCCUUGUACAUUCCUCAAAAAUGCCUCAAAAAGAACUUUGAAACUUCGUACUCUAUCGUUCUCUUGCCAUCUUCUUCGAACGAGAAGAAAAAUUCCUGUGCGUUUUCUUUGGCGAGAAAUCUUAUCCAGUGCCGCGCUUAUGACAUUGAAAUUAUUCCAAACUUCCAGUCGCUUCGAGGCAAAACUUUGCGCACGGAAAUUGUUGUUCCGCCUAAGAUAAAGAAAAAUGACGAGGCCGAUUUAAAAUCGCUAAUAAGUGUUGCAGCUCCAAACAAUUCCUUGAUGUUGAAUUGGGAAGACAAUUCUGGAUGCGCACCGCAAUUAACUUCUUUCACUUUAAAAAUCUUUCAAGACGGCAUUGUAGAUGAGGUUGAAAGACCGAACAUGACAGUGACGAUUCCUCGAAGCUGCCUAAAGCGAUCAACAAAUGAAGACAAUCUGUUCUCGUUGGUGUUGCCCGCUGAGCCCGCUAAUCAAUUAACGUGCCCAAUAGAGUGGAAACCCUUGGACAGGUGUCGCAAAUAUAAACUUGGCAUGAGCUCCCAAUACUCGGGUACAUGGAAUGGUCCAUCUUCUUCCUGGGAAAUAUUUACAGAACAAGGCUGGAGCAAUUACACAACAGAUUCAAGGAAUUUUAUGUGGAAAUGUCCAAGAAAACAUUUUAGUUGCACUGGUCACUACGGCGACCACGGUUGUUUGUCGUCGGAUCAUCAUUACGUAUGCAAUGGACAAAAUUAUGAGUGCAAUCACCGAAAGGACGAAGAGUAUUGUGAUCAAAGUGUAUGUAACAAAGAUGGAUUUCGAUGUGGACGACAAUGCGUACCGAAAGAAUUGGUUCGUGAUGGAAAAUAUGAUUGUUUAGACGGGUCGGAUGAAGAUGGUUACAUCACCAACGUCAAGUGUGAGCAACUCACAAACCCAUCGGGCCACUUUACUUCGGAGAUAUUCUCUAAACCUACAACCGAAAUCCAUCCAGAAAGAAUUUCCGAUGCAGUUCGGAAAACGAUCGUUUUAAUAUCAGUACAACCCAAUCAUCAAAUUUGGCUGUCAUUCGAUAAGUUUACCACUGUUAUCAACCGAGAUUUUCUCAAAGUUUACGACGGCCCGUAUUCGACCAGCCCCUUGCUGUUAUCCCACAGCGGACCUACAAAACCGUCGUCAGUGCGAUCAUCUUCAAACGAAUUGUUUGUAGAGUUUCCGUCCCACUACGACAUCAAUUAUAAUAAAGUUGAAGGUUCCUAUACAAGCGUCAACAGCACCGAUGAAUCUUUUAAACCAGGCUGUGGUGGUUAUUUGAACGGUGAAGGCACAAUCUCGACUCCAAACUAUUUAUCCGACAACGACAUCGCGGACUGCUAUUGGUUAAUCGGAACAAGACAAAGCGACGAUUUAAUACUCCUUCAAAUGGAUCAGUCUGAUAUUAGACACCCGACGGCUGCUUUUUUCUCUUCCCGAGCUUAUCCAGAAAUGAUUGCAAUGACAAAACAGGUAUAUGACGGAUGGGGUACAGACGGCCUUGUCCUUUACGACACGAAAUCCACUGAAACUCAACAGAAAAUGGUGGUUUACUCUAUCAACAAUAAAAUGAUGGUUCACUUUAAACCUCCGAAAAUCAAAGAAAAUCACAUGUCUUAUUGGGACGUCUUUAAAAUAUCUACACCAAAAUGCAAGAAUUACUUGGAAGGAACUAGCGGGACUAUAAAAAGCCCAAACUACCCGAUGCCUUACCCUCAUCUGACGGACUGUCGCUGGACCAUCAGCGUGAAACCGGGAUCAAAAGUCCGGUUGCUUUUUGCUUUCUUUGAAACACAACAGGGAGCAGAUUUUAUUUCCGUUUAUGACGGACCCACCGUUAACGAAAAGCUGCUGUUGACUGAAUCGGGAUCAGUGCCAACCCCUUUUGUUGUUAAUUCUUCAACCAAUCAAGUGCUAGUCAGGUUUACGUCAAACGGUGAUAUUUCCUUGUCUGGUUUUCUUGCCGUCUAUUUGUCUCUUUAGAUACCAUCUAGAAAUUUUAGUGUUGGAGCGACCACCAUUUAAAAUGAUAUAGGGUGUUAGCGUUGAAAAAAUGUUUCUGCGCAAAUAUAUGCACAAUAAACAGUAGCAUACAACAUAAA